AUGUGUUUAGAAGAGAAUAGAGUUUUCUUUGAAAUAGAAAUCGGAGGUGAAUACAUAGGAAGAGUGGAUAUUGGAUUGUUUGGAAAAACAGUACCAAAGACUGUAAAAAACUUUGUAACUCUAGCAACCAGAGAGGGUACAGAGGGAUACAAAGGUAGUAAAUUCCAUCGUGUUAUCAAGGACUUUAUGAUCCAGGGUGGAGACUUCACCAGAGGAGAUGGCACUGGAGGUAAAAGUAUUUAUGGCGAUCGAUUUGAUGAUGAGAACUUCAAGCUGAAGCACUAUGGCGCUGGGUGGUUGAGUAUGGCUAAUGCUGGUAAAAACACAAAUGGUUCACAAUUCUUUAUCACCACAGUCAAAACCCCUUGGCUUGAUGGAAAACAUGUUGUUUUUGGCAAAGUUGUCAAAGGAAUGGUAAGUUAUUUUAAGGAAAUUGCACUGAGGGUUCCAGUUGAUUAGCUCUGACUUGAUGGA